AUGUCUCCUCUGAAGAUUCACGGUCCUAUCAGAAUUCGAAGUAUGCAGACCGGAAUUACAAAAUGGAAAGAAGGAUCCUUUGAAAUUGUGGAAAAAGAGAAUAAAGUCAGCCUGGUAGUUCACUACAAUACUGGAGGAAUUCCAAGGAUAUUUCAGCUAAGUCAUAACAUUAAAAAUGUGGUGCUUCGACCAAGUGGAGCGAAACAAAGCCGCUUAAUGUUAACUCUACAAGAUAAUAGCUUCUUGUCUAUUGACAAAGUACCAAGUAAGGAUGCAGAGGAAAUGAGGUUGUUUCUAGAUGCAGUCCAUCAAAACAGACUUCAUACAGCCAUGAAACCUCAGGGGUCUGGUAGUUUUGGAGCUAUUCUGGGCAGCAGGACCUCACAGAAGGAAACCAACAGGCAGCUUUCUUACUCAGACAAUCAGACACCUUCAAAAAGAGGAAGUUUGGAAACUAAAGAUGAUAUUCCAUUUCGAAAAGUUCUUGGUAAUCCAGGUAGAGGAUCAAUUAAGACUGCAGCAGGAAGUGGAAUAGCUGUCACCCGAACAAUUCCCUCUUUGACAUCUACAUCAACACCUCUUAGAUCAGGGUCAUUAGAAAAUCGGACUGAAAAGAGGAAAAGAAUGCUAUCAUCUGGCUCAGAGUUGAACGAAGAUUACCCUAAGGAAAAUGAUUCAUCAUCGAACAACAAGGCUAUGACAGAUCCCUCCAGAAAGUAUUUAACCAGCAGUAGAGAGAAGCAGCUGAGUUUGAAACAGUCGGAAGAGAAUAGAACAUCAGGGCUUUUACCUUUACAGUCAUCAUCGUUUUAUGGCAGCAGAGCUGGAUCCAAGGACUACUCUUCUGGUAGCACUAACCUAGACAGGACUAAUGUUUCAAGCCAAACUCCCUCUGCCAAAAGAAGUUUGGGGUUUCUUCCACAGCCAGCUCCUCUUUCUGUCAAAAAGCUGAGGUGUAAUCAGGAUUAUGCUGGCUGGAACAAACCAAGAGUGCCCCUUUCCUCUCACCAACAGCAGCAACUGCAGGGCUUCUCCAAUUUGGGAAAUACCUGCUAUAUGAAUGCUAUUUUACAAUCUCUGUUUUCACUCCAGUCAUUUGCAAAUGACUUGCUUAAGCAAGGUAUCCCAUGGAAGAAAAUUCCACUCAAUGCACUUAUCAGACGCUUUGCACACUUGCUUGUUAAAAAAGAUAUCUGUAAUUCAGAGACCAAAAAAGAUUUACUCAAGAAGGUUAAAAAUGCCAUUUCAGCCACAGCAGAGAGAUUCUCUGGUUAUAUGCAGAAUGAUGCUCAUGAAUUUUUAAGUCAGUGCUUAGACCAGCUGAAAGAGGACAUGGAAAAGUUAAAUAAAACUUGGAAGACUGAACCUGUUCCUGGAGAAGAAACUUCAUCAGAUAUUUCAGCUACCAGGGUAUACACUUGCCCUGUUAUUACUAACUUGGAAUUUGAGGUUCAGCACUCCAUCAUCUGUAAAGCAUGUGGAGAGAUUAUUCCCAAAAGAGAACAGUUUAAUGACCUCUCCAUUGACCUUCCUCGAAGGAAAAAGCCACUCCCUCCUCGUUCAAUUCAAGAUUCUCUUGAUCUUUUCUUUAGGGCAGAAGAACUUGAGUAUUCCUGUGAGAAGUGUGGUGGGAAGUGUGCUCUUGUCAGGCACAAAUUUAACAGGCUACCCAGGAUUCUCAUUCUUCAUUUGAAACGAUACAGCUUCAACGUCACUCUCUCACUUAACAACAAGAUUGGGCAGCAAGUCUUCAUUCCAAGAUACCUGACCCUGUCCUCUCAUUGCACUGAAAGUACAAAACCACCUUUCACCCUUGGUUGGAGUGCACAUACGGCAAUUUCUAGACCAUUGAAAGCCUCUCAAAUGGUGAAUUCCUGCAUCACCAGCCCUUCUACACCUUCAAAGAAUUUCACCUUCAAAUCCAAGAGUUCCUUGGCUUUAUGCCUUGAUUCCGACAGUGAGGAUGAGCUAAAACGCUCUGUGGCCCUUAGCCAGAGACUUUGUGAAGUGUCAGGCUGUGAACAACAGCAGGAAGACUUAGAAAAAGAUUCCAAAUCAUGCAGAAUAGAGCCUGAUAAGUCUGAAUUGGAAAACUCUGGAUUUGAUGGGAUGAGUGAAGAAGAGCUUCUAGCAGCUGUUUUAGAGAUAAGUAAGAGAGAAGCUUCACCAUCCCUGAGUCAUGAAGAUGAUGAUAAACCAACCAGCAGCCCAGAUACUGGAUUUGCAGAAGAUGAUAUUCAAGAAAUGCCUGAAAAUCAAGACCCUGUGGAAACGGAGAAGCCCAAAACACUUGCAGAGCCUGAUCCUGCCAGUUUUACUGAGAUAACUAAAGACUGUGAUGAGAAUAAAGAAAAUAAAACUCCAGAAGGAUCUCAAGGAGAGGUUGAUUGGCUCCAGCAGUAUGAUAUGGAACGUGAAAGGGAAGAGCAAGAACUUCAGCAGGCAUUGGCUCAGAGCCUUCAGGAACAAGAAGCUUGGGAACAGAAAGAAGAUGAUGACCUCAAAAGAGCAACAGAGUUAAGUCUUCAAGGGAAUCUUCCUCAUUCUUACCGGCUCAUUAGUGUUGUCAGCCACAUUGGUAGCACCUCAUCUUCAGGUCAUUACAUUAGUGAUGUGUACGACAUUAAGAAGCAGGCAUGGUUUACUUACAAUGAUCUCGAGGUAUCUAAAAUCCAAGAGGCUUCCGUGCAGAGUGAUCGGGACCGGAGUGGUUACAUCUUCUUUUAUAUGCACAAGGAGAUCUUCGAUGAGCUGCUGGAAACGGAAAAGAACUCUCAGGCAGUUAGCAUGGAAGUGGGGAAGACCGCUCGUCAGGCCUUGUGA